CGUCAGUUCGAGUCGGUCAGUCAGUGCGAGUCGCGAGUCGUACGGCGUUCGCUCACGAAGCUGGUGCGUCGUCAAUAACGCAAGGGUUGCCAGAGGCCCACGAGGUACGCGCGCCGAGUGUGACCCGGAUGGGCGCGGGGCCGUGCGUGGGCCGCGGCGCCCCCCUCAGCCGCAACUGUUAAAUAUCCCCGCUACUUGCCGUCAAGCCCCAAGAUUACGCGCAGAUCGCCGUGCGCCGGGGGCGGACCGCCGGGCGCGAUGCAGCGUACGGCCGCUGGGCCCGGACCUCUGGGCCUGCAGGGCCCGCCCAGGUCGCUCAAGAUCUCGCCGGUCAAGCUGCAGGACGAGGCCGGCGAUCCCAUGUCCCAGAAGGGUAGGAGCUCGCUGUGCGUCGGCUGCGGGGGUCGCAUUCACGACCAGUGGAUCCUGAGGGUAGCCCCGGACCUCGAGUGGCACGCAGCAUGCCUCAAGUGCGCCGCCUGUCAGCAAUUCCUUGACGAGAGCUGCACCUGCUUCGUGCGCGAUGGCAAGACAUAUUGCAAGGACGACUACGUUAGACUCUUCGGCACAAAAUGCGACAAGUGCCGACUGUCAUUCAACAAGAACGACUUCGUGAUGCGCGCCAAGACGAAGAUCUACCACCUGGAGUGCUUUCGAUGCUCGGCGUGCAUGCGCCAACUGGUGCCGGGCGACGAGUUCGCCCUAAGGUCCGACGGCUUGUUCUGCCGGCACGAUCACGAUGCCCUCGAGGGCGAGAAGCUCUGCGGGGGUGGCGUCGCCACGACUAUCGCCGGCAACGAGAACAACAACAAUGCCAACCUCACCAACAAUAAUCACCAUCUGCACCCUAACGACGGCUCGCUGUCGGACUCGGGCUCGGAAAGCGGCUCGCACAAGACGGUGGGCGGUAGCCGGAGCACCGCCGGUCACAAGGGCGGCGGCUCCGACGGCAAGCCAACGCGCGUGCGCACAGUCCUGAACGAGAAGCAGCUCCAUACCCUGCGCACCUGUUACGCAGCCAAUCCCCGCCCGGACGCUCUCAUGAAGGAGCAGCUCGUCGAGAUGACGGGCUUGAGUCCGCGCGUCAUCAGGGUCUGGUUUCAGAACAAGCGCUGCAAGGACAAGAAGAAGACCAUCGCCAUGAAGCAACAGAUGCAGCAAGAGAAGGACGGGCGGAAAUUGGGUUUCGGUGGUAUGCACGGUAUUCCCAUGGUCGCCAGCAGUCCUGUACGGCACGAGAGUCCCAUUGGUAUGACUCCCCUCGAGGUGCAGGCGUACCAGCCGCCCUGGAAGGCCCUGUCCGACUUCGCACUACACACCGACCUGGACAGACUCGAUCCGAACGCGCCUUCCUUCCACCACUUGGUCUCUCAGAUGCACGGCUACGAUAUGCACGGCGGUGGACCACCUCAGUUACCACCCCCGGGGAUGAUGGGUGGGCCGAUGGGCGAAGCCGGGGGUGGUGGCCCUCUACCACCACCUGGACCCCACCAUCCGGGCGGGGGUAAUGGACCCGGAUCUGGGCCCGAUAUGGGCCAACAUCCCGACAGUACCGAUAGCUAUGUGACUUAUCUGGAGAGCGACAGCGACUCGCUUCACCACGACACCGGCAGCCCCUAGUGUCGAUCCCUCGAUCUUUAGGUGCCUUCGGCUCCCGCCCUACCCCGCCAUAGAUGACAACGAUGACCGUUAGCUGGAUAAGCCUCGUCGCGUGCAUUAAGCAUGAGCGACGUGACGAAGCGAGUACUGCGAAGCAAGGAUCGUCGGUAAUAACGGAGCAUUCUACUUGACCGACCGUAUAUUAGUUACCCGAAGGUUAUCGUUUCUCGGCUAGAGCGUACCGUGCGAAUUUCGACGAAGUCACGCGCUAGGUCGUUUCAUCGUUUGAUUUUCCACGAUGAAAAGUGUCUUUAGAGAACAAAGUAAGGACUAGAUAUGCUUCGGACUACUCACCACAUUAUUGGUAAUUGAAAUAAGCGAUGUGACAAUUUUACAGACAAACUUAGAGAAAUAAAGUAAGGACAUUUUUAAACCGUCAUAAAUUUAUGGUCGGUAAAAUAGACACAUGAAAAUAUAAAUUCAAUAAGAUGCGUUGAAUAAUUGCUAAUUUACUCGUUUGCAAGUGUCUAUUUUCAUUAAAUAAUAGUUCAUUAAAUCAUUAAAUAUGG